AUGGCAGCCGCCCAAGCAUCACAGACCAACGGCGUCCCAGACAACUCGGUGGGGAAGUCGGGCGCAAACCAAGCAGAAAAGAGUGCCUGGACAGUCGAGAGCGUCCUCUCUGAGAUAACGCCCCGCUACGCCGAAAACACAGAUUCACCCGUUCCCUUCUUCCACCUCCUCGAGCGCCUCAAGACGACCAAGCGCGCUGGCUGGCGGCGCUUCGGCAUCCUCGACUGCGAAUCAAUCUCAGACCACAUGUACCGCAUGAGCAUCCUCACCAUGAUGGCACCCUCGUCGAUUGGCUCCAAGCUCGAUAUACUGAGAUGUUGUCGCAUGGCGCUUAUUCAUGACAUGGCAGAGAGCCUGGUCGGGGACAUCACGCCUGUGGACCCGGUGUCCAAGGAAGAGAAGAGCCGCCGCGAAUCAGAGACGAUGGAUUACAUAUGCACCAAUCUUCUGGGGAAGUUCAACGGGGGCCUGAAUGGGAAGGAAAUCAGGCAGAUCUGGCAGGAGUAUGAGGACAGCGAGACACCAGAAUCGCUGUUCGUACACGACAUUGACAAGAUCGAAUUGCUGGUCCAGAUGGUCGAGUACGAGCGAUCCAGCAAGUGCGAGCGCGACUUGGGCGAGUUUACAUGGGUUGCGCAGAAGAUCCAGAGUGACGAAGUAAAGACUUGGGCAGAGCAAGUUUUCCGUGAACGGCAAGAAAUGUGGAAGCAAGCAGGCAAGACGCCGAGCUGGAGAGCGGAUACGGAGCCAAAGGCAACGUCAUAA